CGAAAGCUAGAAACCGAAACACACGAUUCGUCUCUCUUUACUUGACUAGUUCUAAUUGUGCGAGUAAUUAUAGUUUUGGCUUUCAUUCAUCACUUUAUUACAUAUCCACCCCCUCCUCCUUUCAAAACGUUUCUAGGGUUUUUACUCCUUCAAACUCCCAAGUUUCGAUUCAGCACGAAAACCCUAAUUGAUGUCGCGUAUAGUAUUCAUAUUGGGGUUUAACUGUUAAAUAUCUUUACAUCCUUUUCCUUUUCGUACGUUCUAGAGCCUUGAUUUUCGAAAUUCGUGAUAUGUUUUGCUGUUAGAUGGAUUUCGCUGUUCUAGAGCUGAGAAGUUGCAGAUUUCGCCAAUGGGUGCCUUAACCAGUAAUCGAAAGCGUGGUGACGAGUUCUUCAAGGUGAAUCAGCCGCCUCUGUAUUACAAUUCGUAUGUGAUUGAUUCUCAUAUUUCCAAGAAGCCUAGAUUGUCUUCUGCGUUACAAACUCCAGAACAACCUGUUGUUUCAUCUAAUAAAAUUGUGUCGAGGCUCUCACGGUAUCCGGAUCUCAUAACUAAAAUCCGCAGGGAGGUUCAUGCCCCUUGUAGAGUACUGAAGUUCGGGUCUUCAAAGCGUUUGAGCCUAGAUUCGAGACCAGAAACUACUAGAAAUAGUGAUUUUGUUGAUCCGAGAGACGCCAUGGGAGGCUUGUUGAGCAAGAAUUAUAAUAAUGCGAAGGAGGGGGCUUUUGGUGUCUUGCGAUAUUUUCCAAAGGAGAAGGAAGUGAUUGAUGUGGAUAAUGACCCUGCAAAAGAAUUAAUCACGGAGGAUUCGAGUGUAGAAGAAGUUGAGGUUAUGGAAGAAGAUGGUCGAGAAUGGCGUUCAGUGGUAUCAGGCCAAACGACAGCAGAGGCGGUUAUUGGAGUUGGAGGCAAUGCGAAGGGGAAGAUUGUGGAGGAGCACUCAGUGGUGACGGAUUUGAGCAAUAGGAAUGUGAGAGUGAAGAAUCUGGAGAAUAUGGUUGAUUCUUUGUCUCUGGAUAGAGAGAUUGUGGAUGUCUCCAAUGUCGAAGUAUACAAGAAGUUGUUGGAGAGUGCAGAGAAAAGGACUUCCAAGCUAAAGGCAUUGGAAUUUGAGAUUGAGUAUAAUGAAAAGAAACGGAGUUCCCUUCAAUCAUUGCGCCUUGUGAAGAAACCACAGGAGAAGCCUGUUGAGGAGUUUCCUCGUGAUCCUUUUAUCUCAUUGACAGAGGAGGAAGAGAAUCAGGUUGACCAUGCGUUCUUAGCGAAUAGGAGGAGGGUCUUGGCGACCCAUGGAAAGUCCGGUAUUGAGAUUACGGGGCAAAUUUUGCAGUGUCUUAGACCAGGUGCCUGGUUGAAUGAUGAGGUUAUAAAUCUUUACCUUGAGUUGCUGAAAGAAAGGGAACUGAGAGAGCCAGAGAAGUUCUUGAGAUGUCAUUUUUUCAACACAUUCUUUUACAAAAAGUUAAUUAGUGGGAGAUCUGGCUAUGAAUAUAGAGCUGUCAAAAGAUGGACUACUGCAAAGAAGCUGGGAUAUGGUCUCAUUGAAUGCGACAAAAUAUUUGUCCCCAUACACAAAGAAAUACACUGGUGUUUGGCAAUUAUUAAUAAGAAAGACAAGAAGUUUCAAUAUCUUGAUUCACUUGGAGGGAAGGAUCGAAAUGUGCUAAGAGUACUGGCGAAAUAUUUUGUGGAAGAAGUAAAGGACAAGAGUGGACUAGAUGUUGAUGUAAGUUCUUGGGAACAACAAUUCGUUGAAGAUCUUCCUGAGCAAGAAAAUGGGUUUGACUGUGGCGUGUUUAUGAUAAAAUAUGCCGACUUUUAUAGCAGAGGUCUUGGGCUUUGUUUUAACCAGGAACACAUGCCCUAUUUUCGUAAGAGAACAGCCAAGGAGAUUCUGAAUUUGAGAGCCGACUAAUUGAAGAUGUGAUGUGAUGUGAUGCUGCUGCUUCAAUUGACAAGCUGUAGUAUCCCAUUUACACCAAGCUUUGACGGUAGGAUCGUGCACCUUGUUGAUAGGGGGUGCUUUUGCCAUAGAUGAUAUUUUUUGGGUGGUUGUGAUGAGAUUGUGUACGUUAGUUUUUGGUGUUGUUAGAUAUACAAGAGCCUCAGAAAUUGGGAGCAUAGAAGGCAGGGCCAGAAUGUUGUAUAUAUAGUGGGAUUAUUAGUGAAGUGUAUUGUUUUACUCAUUAUUCUUCAAAUAACAUGCUUUCUAAGCAAAUUUUCAGUUGUUUAAAA